AUUUUUAAGCGACCCAAAUCAGAUGCGUCGCGGAAGGAAAGUUGGCAAGAAAUUUUCCUUUCGGAGAGCUACAAAGCAACAAAAUGGCUGAGGAGUCCGCCGUUAAAGUUUGUGUUCGAGUGCGUCCGAUUAUUAAAAGAGAAGAAGGUGUUCCAUCUGAAAAGGCGACGCCUGUUGAAGUUUUCUGGAAAUCGGAUACGAAAUCCAUUCAUCAGAUUGAUGAUGGGAGCGCAACAAAGAGUUUCAGUUUUGACCGAGUGUUCACUCCCGAAGAAACAACCAAUCAGCUGUACCAAGAAAUCGCAAAGCCGUUGGUUGUUUCAACUGUGCAAGGAUACAACGGAACCAUCUUUGCUUACGGUCAGACAUCCUCUGGAAAGACAUUCACAAUGAUGGGGAGUGACCAUGUUCCCGGUGUCAUACCACUCGCUAUUGAUGGUGUCUUUGAAACCAUUAAAAAGUGUCCAGAGAAGGAGUUUCUUCUCAGGGUCUCAUACAUGGAGAUAUACAACGAAACCGUGUCUGAUUUGCUAGUAGAUAGCUGGAAAAGAAAACCUCUGGAAGUCCGAGAGAGUUUAAAUAAAACCAUCUAUGUUGCUGACCUGACUGAGGAACUGGUGACCUCCUCUGCGCAAGCACUGGCUUGGAUUCGCAAAGGAGAAAAAAACCGUCACUACGGAAAGACGGAAAUGAACGAGCGCAGCAGCCGCUCACACACCGUCUUUCGAAUGAUCCUUGAGAGUCGUCAAAGAAGUGACCUGGGACCAGGGGAAAAUGCCGACGGCGCCAUCAUCGUUUCCCAUUUGAAUUUAGUCGACUUGGCCGGAUCGGAAAGAGCAAGCCAAACAGGGGCCGAAGGUACACGCUUGAAGGAAGGCUGCAAUAUCAAUCGCAGCCUUUUCACACUUGGCCAAGUGAUCAAGAAGCUCAGUGAAGAAAGCCAAAGUGUUUCCAGAAGUUUCAUCAACUACAGAGACAGCAAGUUAACGCGGAUUCUUCAGAACUCCCUGGGCGGGAACGCCAAAACGGUCAUCUUGUGCACAAUCACCACUGCGACGCUCGACGAGACGCUCCGCACUCUGCAGUUUGCCAGCACUGCAAAGAAAAUGAAAAAUGAUCCACAUGUCACCGAAGUUUCAGAUGACGGUGCGCUUCUCAGAAGAUAUCGCACCGAAAUCGUCGACCUCAAGAGACGACUUCAGGAGGUUUCCUCCAUCACACAGACCACGGCAACCGAGAAAGAGGUGCUCUGUCAACUUCUCCAGGAAAAACAUCAACUUCAAGUGGAGCAAGAGGACAGAAUAAGAAACCUCACCAAGCUUCUGGUCACGAGCAACAAUCUGACUUCUGUACAAAAGGUGCCCAAACGUCGGGUUACGUGGGGAGGGAAAAUGCUCCGCUUGGCCCAGCCGUCUCCCGGCGAAGACUGUCUGUCAGAGCGUAGCUUUGCUGCGUCUGUCAGCCGGAAGAGGAAACUUCAUUCCUCCUCUGUGAUGGAGCAGAUUGAAGAUGAAGACUUUGACGGUGACUGGGAGAUUCCCGACGAGUCGUCAGAUGACACGAGCCAAUGUCAAGACUUGAUGACUUUCCAGAGCGGGGCAGCUGAAAGAGUGGCCGAGCUGGAAGUUGAACUUCAAACCGUCGGCCGGCAAAACCAGCAAGCCCACGAACAAAUCGUGGCAAUGGAGCGGAAGGCAGCCGAAGUCGACCUCAAGCUCCAAAGCGAAAUGCAGCAGAAAUCCCAGGCCGUCGACAAAGUCCAGUUGCUGGAGCUCCACGUGACAGAUCUAAAACUACAACUUGAGGAACAGCGGUUGAACUCUGCUCAACAACUGGAAGAUGAUCAGCGUGAUGACAUUCUAGCCACUGAAAUGGAUAUGCUGGCAUCUGAGCGAGAUUAUUUCAAGCAGGCGCUGGACCUUGCCCUGGAGCGGACUCAAAUACUGGAGACGGAGAAAACGGCACUUUCACAGGAGCUUGGGGAAAAAGUGGAAUUGCAGGAAUUCAUGUCUCUUGAGGAGAAGAUGAGAAAAGAACAGGAGUGCGAGUUGGAAAAUACAAUUUGCUCAUUGAAGGAAGCUAUGGAAUCCCGAGAACUUCAGUACUUGGAACUUCAGACAAAUUUGGAGAGCGUCUCUGAAGAGCUGAGGAAGAAAACCAAAAUUGCUGAUGAUCUUCAGAAUAUGUGUGGUAAAGAUUUGUCCAAAGAAGUGACAAAGCUUCAGCUUUCUCUCGAUGACUCGGAGGCCCUCGGCAGAGAGACAAAGAAAGAAUGGGCAGUUCUGCGCAGCGAAAACAUUGCCUUGCAAGAGUUGAAGACGACCCUGACUGACAGCCACGCAAAGAUGGAAGCUGAAGUCAACAGCCUGCGUCUUCAACUUGAGGCCGAAAAAUCACAGUUCAAGAAGAUGCAGGCGGAUCUCCAGAAAGAGCUCAACGUCGUGUUUAACGAGAACAUGAAGCUAGCCGGUCUGCUUGAUGGCAAAGUCCCCAGAAAUGUGAUGGAGAGCGUGGAACUUGAGAGAACAGUGACCGACCUGAAAAAGGAGCUUGCGGCAUCUCAAGAAGCUGAGGGUGUCCUGAGAGCUCAAGUGGAGGAACUCCAGUCUCUUCAGGCUCCCACAUUUGAAGCCAACAACCCAGAGAAACCGAGUUCUUCUCAACAGUUGGAGGAGCUAGAAUCCGUUGUGGCGACUCUCAGAGCGGAGCGAGACCAGCUCCAGGUGGAUCUGCAAGAAAAUAUCGAUAUGAUGAUCGAGCUUCAGGAGGAGCUCAGGACGGAACUCGGGAAGAAAGGUGUUCUGAAAGAACGGAUCAAGCAGCUGGAAGAGUCACAGACAGACAACUUGGAAAAGCCUUUGGAUGACUUGACUGCAGAGCUCGAGACGUUGCAAACGCAAAAAGAGCAACUUGAGGCGACGCUACAAGUAGUCAACGAGCAAAAGGACCAACUAGAGGGAGAGCGGCAGCAGUUUAUUGAUGGGGCUGCAGAGAAUCAAAGCCUUCUACAGUCCCUCCAAUCUCAGCUUCAGAAGCAAGUUGAGAGAAAUGAGGAUAUCGAGCAAUCGGCCGGAGAGAAACAAGCUCAGCUGCAGCAGCAGGUUGAAGAGUCUCAAACUCUUCUCCUGUCCCUUCAAGAUGAGCUUGAAGAGCUGAAGCACAAGAACAAUCAUCUUGUCAAAGUCACUGAGGAGAAACAAGCUCAGCUGCAGCAGCAGGUUGAAGAGUCUCAAACUCUUCUCCAGUCCCUUCAAGAUGAGCUUGAAGAGCUGAAGCACAAGAACAAUCAUCUUGUCAAAGUCACUGAGAAGAAAGAGUUUGAUUUCAAGCAAAGUAUUCAGAUUUUGAGCGAAGAGCUCGAAACCGCAAGAGCAAACGGGGGCGACCUGCGUUUCAACGAGGACACCGGACGUCAGACUGAAGAGACUCGGGAGUUGCUGUCCAGAGUGACGUCUCUCGCUGAGGAGAGGGAUCAGCUGCUUGAGACGGUGAAGCACCUGAGACAGGACAAGAUGCAGCUCAGGACAGAACUGGAGGAAAAUAUGGAGAUGAUGCAGUGUGGGUUGCAGCAACGGUUCAAGUCCGAUCUGCCGUUGCUGAAAGAACUCGAGGGUCAACAGAAUGCACAGACUGCUGAGACUCAAGCAGAGCUCACAAUAGCAGAAGAGAAGAUCCGACGUCUACAGGAACAGCUCGACCUGUUAAUGAAUGAAAACAAAUGCCAAGAACUUCAAAAUCAGGUUCAGACGCUGUCUGAGGAGCUCGAGUGUGCCAUGGCAGAGCGAACCAGCCUCCAAUCUGAGAUGGAGAAACUGCUUUGUCAAGUGACUUCUCUCGGCGAAGAGCGACAUCAGCUGCGUGAGCAACUGGAGGCACUGGGACGGGAAACGAGCCAGCUCAGAGCUCAGCUGCAGGACAAGGUCUCCACCAUGCAAGAGAGCGAGAACAGGCACAAGCAGUCCACGCUGCUGCAGCAGGCCGAGGCCAGGAAAUUGGAGAGCGACCUUCGACAAGAGGUGCAGCAGCUGGAGGAGCAGCUCCAAACCAUCAAGGCAAAUCAAACGGUGGUUCAAACCGAGGCGACCACGUCACAGCAGUUGCUGGCGGAAGCAAACGCAACCGUGGCCGUGCUCAAUGAGAAGCUUCAAAGUUGCGAGCAGGACUUGACGGCCUCCAAGGUGACGGGACAAGCCAGGCUGCGCGACUUAACCUCGCAACUUGAGGAGUUAUUUGGACGCCUGGAGGAAUUCAUUCACAAAAGCGGCCAGCUUCAACCCGCAUUCGAAGGCGACAGCCUAAGGGCGGAACUUUCUGUGACCAACGAGGAGUACAACUCCUUUCCUCUAGCCACGCGGAAAGUCGCCAACGCGGUCUACAGGCUGGGAGCCCAGAAUCUUAACACGCUCCAGUUUAUGCUUGAUGCCCUUCAGGUAGAGGCCAAAGAAUUCAAGAGGAUUUUCCGGGAGUCGAUCCAAAUCGAUGCGACCAUCUUUGAGGAGUGGCACUUGCAGGAUGUGUUGCGCUGCAAAGCCGACUCUCCUCCAGACCUGGACUAUUCCUCAGAGCAGACUCGCAGAUUGGAUGAACUCAUCGACAAAAGACAGUUCUACGUGCAGAAAGUUGGCCACAUUGUGGAGAUCCUCGAUGCCUUCUUGGAUUCUUACCACAAUGAAGUUUCUGCUGAGGGCAGAGAGAGGGCAAGGUUCUCAGGGCUGGUGCAGGAGGAGCAGAGCAGACAACCUUCCGAUGCCAGCAGGAUGCACGGCCUCUUUAGCGCUGAGGCCGCCAGCAGGUGUGCGGUGCUGCAAAGCAGGAAAAUGCUUUUGCGGAGCGUCUUUACCGAACGGGAUGCUCAGUAUCAGGAAUUGCGGCAGGUGACGGCGCGGGCUCAGUCCCAGUUGCAAGAGGAAAAAGGCAAGCGUGUCUCUCUGCGACAGAAGCUGGAGGAGAUUCCAGAGCUGACUUUGCUCUGCAACAACCAAGAAUUUCGUAGUCUCCUCCAGCAAUCUGAGGAGAAAGUCAAAGCUUUAGGUCUCAAGAACAAGGAGCUCGAAGAGACUCAACAAAAAAACAACGCUUGCAUCUCUGGCUACAAGGCGACCAUUCAGCAGCUCGAGACCGAACUUGAGGAAAAUCGGGGCAAGGUCGAAGAACUGAAGAACGACGUGAAAAUCCUGCAGAGCCAAUUGCACGAAUCUGAGGAACGUUCGUCGCCUUCGGUUGCCGAGCUGCAGAAAGCCCAAGCGCAGUUGUACAUGAAGACCAUGGAGUUGAGCGUUGCUUCCGAUAAACACCAGCAAGAGAUCCAGAGGAUGACCGCUGCCUUGCAAAUGAAGGAGGAGUCGGUGAGGAAACUGAAGGAAUCGCUAAGGGUGUUGCAGCAGCAAGGAGCCGAUCCAGUCCUGAAGGGUGAAGAGCUUUGUGACCGUUUCCUGAACCCGCGGGGUGCGGUGAUCAAGAGCAGCGCUAUGCUCCAAAACACCAAACUGGAGGAGGAAGUCAAACGGCUCCAAGUUAAAAUGGCACAGCUCGAAAGCGUCAUUUCCAGUCAGCAGGCGGACCUCAGCAAAUGGAAGAACAGAGCGCUCAAGCUGAAGUCAAUGGUCAAAGCGGACAUGAAGCCUUCGCCGCCGUGCACGCCCACCAAACGUGGACUACUACCCGUGUGCCCGGAGCUCCUCCCUCAGUCACCAAAGAAGUUGCUCCUUGCGUCCCACAAGGUCCCGGAUUCCCCCGUCAGGCAGUCGGAUGCCCCGCACAUCCCGCUGCUCAACUCUCCAAAAAGCCGAUUUUUUGACGGAGACGCAAACACGGAUCUGCUUUCCAGAACAUUUCCCAGAAAGUUCUUCGACAACUCCAGCCUUGGACUCGGCGCAGAUGCCACCUCGGAUGCGUGUGCCUCUCAAUCGGCGGACGGCCCAGAUUGUAUCACGCAGUGAACGCAACAUUUUUUUUUUCUUUCCUUUUAAAUAGGUAUUUUUAGAAUUAAAUAAAGAACCGAGGUCUUGUCGUUGCCAUUUGA